UCAUCCUCUCCACCCUUGAAUCAUUUCCACUCCACCGAGGCAGGUUCCUCCUCACAUCGUGUGUGUUGACUUCUACUCGUUCUUUUACUCUAAAACUACUGUCACCGUCUCUUGCUUUACCUCGCUCUCUCGUAUUUUAACUCAUUCUCGAAAUGUUCCCCAAGAUCUUCUUCGCUCUUGCUCUCGUUCCCGGCUUGACCUUUCAGGUCUCAGGUCAAGCACUGGUUGCUCCGCCUAUUGGUGUCGCUGGCACAACCGCUCAGGGAGAUGUCCAGGAGCCUUCCGACAACGCUCCGUGUGGAGCUGGCGUCGAUAUCGCUCAGACCCUCGCCGCAAGCACUCCAAUCGUUGCUGCUGCUGACGGAAGCUUCACUGCUACAGUCACAAACUUCAACAGCGGUGCUGAUGGAUCUCGUCAAGUCACUGCUGCUGUAGAUCCUACUGCCACCGGCCAGACCUUCCAGGCGGCCACUGUAACCACGAAUGGUGAUGCUGCUCCUAACAAUGUCGGCUCUCAGCAAAUCACUGUUCAGCUGCCCACCGGAACGACUUGCACCGGUGGUGCCAACGGAAAUCAGUGUCUGGUUUCAUUCAAGACCUCUGCCGGCUUCGGUAACUGUGUCCUUAUUCAACAAGAUGGUGCCGCUACAGGCGGUGGAGCUCCAGCUAGUACUGCUACAGGUAAUGUACCUGCAGGUGGUGCCUCUACAGAUGGACUCGGUCCUCGUGCUCCCCCUCCUAACGACGCGCCGCUGGCUCCUCCCAUUAACAGCCCGGUCCCUGUUCCGCCUCCUAACGCCGUCCCUGUUCCACCUCGUGAUAAUGCUGCUGGUGCUUCCGCAGAUAGUCUCGGUCCUCGUGCACCCCCGCCAAACGGUGAACCUCCUGCUCCUCCCCGUAACAGUCCAGUUCCUCCUCCCCCUAAUGGCGGCCCUGCAGCUCUAUCUCGUAAUAAUGCCGCUGGUGCCUCUGCAAAUGGUCUCGGUCCUCGUGCACCCCCUCCAAACGGCGCAUCUCCCGCUCCUCCCAACAACAGCCCAGUUCCUCCUCCGCCUCCCAACGGCGCCGCUCCUGCCCCACCUCUUAAUAAUGCCGCUGGUGGAAGGGCGGGUAUCAACAGAAACAAUAAGAGGGCCAUGGACGUUCGCGCGUUGAGAUCCCGUGCACCUCAGCAGGCUCCUCCCUCUCGUAACGGCGCCGCUCCCCCUCCCCCUCCUAAUGGUACUCCUGCUCCCCCUCCCAACAAUGCAGGUCCUGCUCCUGCUGGUAACGGUGCGGCGCCUGCUCCCCCUCGUAAUAAUGCCCCUGGUGCUGGUGCUGGUGCCGGGGCUGGUGGAAGGGCGGGCGGCAACAGGAACAACAAGAGGGCCAUUGACAUCCGCGCUGUGGGAACCCGUGCUGCGCAUGCCUUGCGUAGGGCUGAGCUCAAUGAGCUGGCGUAAACAGGAUGUUUCGGGACUUCAAUUUGACGUUUGAGUGUAGGAUACUAAGCCACAGACCUCGAUGUAUACAGUACUCCUGCUGAAUAGAUUGUGGAUCAGUAA